AUGGAUCACUGCUGCAGUAAAAUUCUUGACACGUUAGACUGCCAAAGCUAUAUCAGGAAAGAGAGGAGAAAAACGCAGUAUUUCAUCCUUUUGAGUUUUAAACAAGACUGGGUGAAGAUAGAGAGGAUUUGUUAUAAAGUUGUGGUUACAUGUAGCUACUUGACAGGGGAUGAACAAUACUAUAUAAAGAGUACAGACAGCAAUGUGAAUUGCAGACAACAGACAACACUUGUGAGAUCACAGUCGCAUCACCCUACAAGGAACCCCCAGCAGAGGUCUCAGCCUGAAAAGGACAUUGACGAGGUUUAUGUCACUCAUGUACCACAGCUUCCAUCAGAGCAUCAGUGCCGCCAAACUCCUGAAUGUGACACUGGAACACCUGCAGCACAUUACCUGACAGAGCAUCUACAGCCACGUGCUCAGCAGGUGAAGGUGUAUGAUGAGCUUUCUCUUACUCCUACUCCAAGACUUCAGUCAGGACAUGGCUACAACAGGAGCUCUGAAUGUGACACAACUAAGAAAUUAUAUACACAGAAAGAAACGCACAAAUGUGCUAAAUGCAAUAAGUCUUUCACAUGUGCCAGUGGCCUGAAAAAGCAUCAAGCCAUUCACACAGGAUUAAAACCAUAUAAAUGUACUGAAUGCAGUAAGUGCUUCACAUAUCUAAGCAACCUUCGACAGCAUUAUGCCAUUCACACAGGACUAAAACCAUAUAAAUGUACUGAAUGCAGUAAGUGCUUCACAUAUCUAAGCAACCUUCGACAGCAUUAUGCCAUUCACACAGACUUGAAGCGAUAUAAAUGUACUGAAUGCAGUAAGUGCUUCACACAACUCAGACGUCUUCAGGCACAUUGUGCCAUUCACACAGGUAUGACACCGCAUAAAUGUACUGAAUGUGGUAAGUCUUUCACAUGGGCCUAUAGACUGAAAAAGCAUCAAGCCAUUCAUACUGGAGCGAAACCAUAUAAAUGUACCGAAUGCAGGAAGUGUUUCAGAAAUCUCAGCAAUCUUCGACUGCACACAGAAUUGAAGCGAUAUGUAUGUACCGAAUUUGGUAUGAAGAGUACAGAUGGCAAUGUGAAUUGCAGACAACAGCCAACACUUGUGAAAACAGAGUUGCAUCACCCUAGAAGGAACCUUGAGCAGAGUUCUCAGUCUGGAAUGAACAUUGACAAGGUUUAUCUCACUCAUGUACCGCAGCUUCCAUCAGAGUAUCACUGCCAUCAAACCCCUGAAUGUGACAAUGGAACACCUGUGACACAUGACCUGACAGAGCAUCUACAGCUGCAUGCUCAGCCGGUGAAGGUAUAUGAUGACCUUCCUGUCUCUUCUGCUUCAACACUUCACUCAGGACAUGGUUGCAGCAAGAGCUCUGAACUUGACAGAACUAAGGGAUUUCACACAAUGAAAGAAAUGCACAAAUGUGCUGAAUGCAAUAAGUCUUUCACACGUGCCAGUGGCCUGAAAAAUCAUCAAGCCAUUCACACAGGACUGAAACCAUAUAAAUGUACUGAAUGCAGUAAGUGCUUCAAAAUUCUCAGCAACCUUAGACAGCAUCUUGUCAUUCACACAAAAUUGAAACCAUAUAAAUGUACUGAAUGCAAUAAGUGUUUCUCAUGGCUAAGCAAUCUUCGACGGCAUCUUGCCAUUCACAAAGGAGAGAAUAAAGGGAUAAAAAAGUGCCCAAUCCUGGUAGGUGCACUGAUACCAGGAUUGGGGAAAAAUGACAGUGUAGAAUCCUCAAAAUAUGGAAGCAUUCCUACAAUGUUAGCAUCAUUACGGAAGAUGAAAAGUGAUUACUGGCUCAUAAUGGUUCGAAGAUCCCAGAGACUGAAGCUUGGGCACAGAAGGCAGGAAACAGGCUGUAGGGAGAAAGAAGAGAAACAGAAUCUGUGUGCUAAAAAUGGGGGAACAGAGCUGUGCUGUGGAGAGCACAGACAGAGACUGGAGUUAUUCUGCAAGGAAGAUGAGACUUUUAUCUGUGUCUUGUGUGUUCCCAGCCAUUCCAGUCAUGGAGUUGUGCUCCUCUAUGAGGCAGUCAGUGUGUAUAAGGAAAACCUGAAAAUGGCAUUAACAUCUCUACAGUCCAAACUUAAGUACUUUAAAUACUUGCAAAACAAACAGGAGAAGAAUGUUACAGAUAUACAAGAAAACGCUUUGAAUUUGGAACAAGACCUGAAACAAGAAUUCGUAAAACUGCAUCAUUUUCUCAGGAACAAGAAACAAAAUCUCAUCCAGCAUCUUAAGAAUGAAGUAAACAUUCUAAAACAUACAGGAAGAAAUCUUGCUUUCAUUAAAGACGACAUUAUUAACCACCACAGGGAUAUGACUGAUACUAACUCGGUGGUCAAGAAUGAAGAGCAGGAGAUUUUGAAGGAGACUAAAGAAAAAUCUGACUGUGUUAAAAAUGAUGUGAUGGACAAUCAAGAGAUUUUGUCUGACAGUAAACUAGAGGUCAGAAAUCGGAAGCCUAAUGGUUUGCUAGAUGAAGAUACUCUCAGUUUAGAACAGUACAUUAUACAAGAAUUUGCAAAACUGCACCAGUUUCUCUUCGACAAGGAACAGAAACUCAUCCUCCAGUUUAACAAAAAAGAAGCAAAUAUUCUGAAAGAGAUGGAAGAAACUUAUGAAUCCAAAAAACGUGACACUACUAACCAUGUGGUAGCACCUGCUUCUAACUCAGAGUUCAAGAUUAAAGAAGAGAGGGUUCUAAAAGAGAUUGAAAUAAGACCUGAAUUCGGUGAAAAUGGUGUCAUGGUGUCUAAGAAGACUCCAUCUGAGAGUUCUUUGGAGCUUGAAGAACAAUCUGUUAUGUUAACAGUCCCUGAAACCUUUGAGGAUGUUGCUGUUGCUUUCUCAGAAGAGGAGUGGAAGUUGUUAAGGAAACACGAUAAAGAGCUGUACAGGGAAGUGAUGGUACAGAACUACGAAUCCAUGAUUUCACUAGGAUACAACAUUCCCCCAGAGACAUUGUUACUACUAUUAAAAGCAGUUGAUGGAGUUCCAGAUGGUGAUAUAGAAGGGAAAAGUACCACGGAACAGAAAAAUCUUAAAGAUUACCUGUACAGUAUCAGAAAAACAGAAUGCAGUCAGACUUGCAGUCAGCAGUCAUUGCUUGGGGCACCAAAAUUACAUCACCCAACACAAACACUGCAGCAGUGCGCUCAGACUGGGAAUGGCUAUGAUGGACUUCAUCUUGGUCCUCUACCACAGAUCCCCCCAGGAUAUAAGAGGAAAAAGAGCUCUGACCUUGACACAAGUCAAAAAGCUCACACAGAGACAAAACCAUAUAAAUGUGCUGAAUGUAGUAAAUGUUUCACAUAUCUUAGUAAACUCCAACGGCAUCUCUCUACUCACACGGGAGAGAAACCAUUUAAGUGUGCUGAAUGCAGUAAGAGCUUUGCACACAAGUGGCACCUGAAAUCUCAUCAGUCCUCUCAUACUGGGUAUAAACCCCAUAAAUGUGUUGAAUGCAGCAAAUGCUUUUCAAGGAAGUGUGAACUGGUCCGACAUCAACUUACUCACAUGGGACUAAAACCUUAUAAAUGUGCUCAGUGCAGCAAAUCUUUCACACAAAUCAGUACUCUAAGACAGCAUCAGGCCCUUCACUCGGAAGACAAGCCAUGUAAAUGUGCUGAAUGCAGCAAGUGUUUUGCACAAAAGCAACAGCUAAGACGCCACCAGCACACUCACGCAGAAAAUAAACCAUAUAAAUGCACUGAGUGCAGUAAAAGCUUCACCUGUAUGAGUUACCUUCAACAGCAUCGCUUUAGUCACAGUGGGGAGAAGCCUUAUAAAUGUGCCGAAUGUAGUAAGAGUUUUUCAUGUAGCAGUAAUCUGGUGCGCCACCAGGCAGUUCACACUGGGGAGAAGCCGUACAAAUGUACUGAAUGCGGAAAAUGUUUUUCACAGAGCAGUACAUUAAUGCAGCACCAGACCAUUCACACAGGAGACAAACCAUACCAAUGCACUGAAUGCAGUAAAUGUUUCUCACGUAGCACGACUCUGAUGCGCCAUCGUGCCAUUCACACAGGACAGAGACCGUAUAAAUGUACUGAAUGCAGUAAGUGUUUUAUAGAUAAAAGUCAUCUCCUGAGACAUAAAAAAACUCACAAUUCUAGGUACACUGCUGUUAUUGAGAAUAUCACUCUUGACAAAGAUAGAACCAACACUGAUUGCACGAACAUUUAAUCCCUAAUUUAGGAAAGGAAUCUAUUCCUGCCACAGUAUUAAAAGCCCUAGACAUUUGGAGAAGUGAAAAAAAGCCAAACUGAUGUGCAAAAUCCUUAUUUUCAUCAAUCUUCAAUUGUAUUAGGCUGAAUAAUGAGCAAAAAUGAUACCCAUGUAGUUACAGUGCCAAAAGGAGUAACCAAGCUAAUUAAAAAAAAAAUUUAAAGCAUAUUUAAAUAUGCUACUAACAGAGGUGUGGCUCCUUACAUGUGAGAAGAAUGCUGUUAGCAAACUUCAAAGGCUGAAGCACUGCUGAUUUUAUGGAUUUCAGCUAUGCUCUAAAUUAGGAAUGGAGUCCCCUCCUACAACAUCAUUAAUACCCCUGUAAUGUGGAGAUGUUAAAAGUGAAGAAAAGUGUAUAAAUGUGCUGACAGCAGCAAGCAUUCUUCAGAAGUUACAGUAUCAGCAGAUGUUGAUGGGGAAAAUGUGCAAAUACUCUGAAUGCAGUAAGUGGCAAGGUGUUUUAAAUAUAAAAAAAAUCCCUAAAAUCCAGCCAGGUCAUUUCCAGAGGAAAAGCACAAUAUGUAUGUAAAUCGAAAAAUACAAUAAUUUGGCAAAAUUGUUACACAGGGACUGUGCAUGCCAUAGAUGUCUACCUUCAAUCUCCAACAUGUGGAACAGUAACUCUCAUAAUGUGAAACAAAUGGGCAAAAUGUGGAAUGGUUACCAACAAUGUUCACAGCAUGGUUAAAAAAAAACUGAUAAUUCAUACUUACAAAAAGCUCUGUUAAUGAAUUAAUAUGCUUCAGUAUUAAUUACCAUGUAGAACUGUUAAAACAUUCUUAAUGUCUGUGACAAACCCUGGAGAACCUGCACAGAAAAUGGAAUUUUUAAGACUUAAGUGACAAAUGUUCCUCAUAACAAAUUAUGAUGCAGAUACACCAAUAUACAAGUAGCUGCGAAGAAUUAGAAACAUGAACUACGAAGAAUUACUAGAAAUGAAGAAAUAAUGAUGAUAAGAACAGUUAAAGCAGAAACAAGAAAAUGUAAGUUGUAGAAAUAACUACAUCUACUGAUCACAGUGUUCUGUAUACGGAGAAGCUGGAUAUUAGGACAUGCAAGCAGAAAGUAAGGUAAUAUGGAAUAAACCAACACCAGCAUACUUCCAGAGCAGCUUAACUAAAAUAAUAAUAAUAAUAAUAAAAAAAAAAACAAUCCAGACAUAGUUCAGAAUGUUUCUGAUACAGCUUCUGUAUGAACUACAGAAGGUAGUAAUUCUGGUUACAUUCUGGGUGCUGAGAUGAGCACUCUUGGUAAAUAGCACAGUUUGAAGAAUCACUGAUUUCAUGAACUUUGUAUCCUGACUUAAGAAUGAUAUUAAUUUCUAUCACAACAUUAAAAAACGUAAAACAUUUGAUAAAUUAAAAAAAAAAAUGCACAUGUGCUGAAUGCAGUAUUUCUUUUUUGCAGAAGCGUUGUUUACUCUCACACAGGUCUGAAUUAAGAGUUGGCAUCAGCAAGAGAAAGAAAAUCGUAUUGUUGCAACUCAGUUUAUUUUCAAGUAUUGGUAAGUACCUUCGUAUGACAGACCCUGUUUUUACAAAAUCUCACCAAGACGACACUGAUAUACAGACUGCAUUUUAUAUCAUGGAGAAUGAUAAAAUCAUGAAAAAGAAGACCUGGUGUACAGAUCCCAGGAAAAAGUGUCCUGUCCUGGUGAUUGCAGUGCUGCCAGGAUUGGAAAUAGCAGCGUAAAAUCCACAGCAUGAAAACAUCUCUACCACAGUGUACGCUAGGCUCAGAGCAAGAGUGGACCUUCUGCAGUGAAGAAUGUAGUAUUCCACAAAAACUGACAGGCUAAGCAAGAGGCAUGCAGAAAAUAGUGAACAGCUAUGGAGAAGAAGGGAAUAAUGUACUGCUACUGUUAUGCAAAUAAAAAGUACUCCUACCGUUACACAAAAACUACCGUUACGCAAAAAAAAAAGAAUUUUCAGACACAGGGUUACUGUUAUUCAAGGGGGGGGGCAGAAUUUCCAGACACAGGAUAUAGAGCAAGGGUAAGGGAGAGAUUAGAAGAAAGAAAAGCACCUGCACAAGAAAAAACGUUAAAAACUACAAAUAAUGUAAGAUUCUUGAAACAACAAAUCAGAACAAAACAUUACAUUCAUAAUGAAACUGCAGGAUACCAGGAAAAGAAAGCAACAGAUGUUGUGAAACAAGGUUUUAAAAAAAACAAAAAAUGAUCGAAUGUUAUAAAAAGAAACCUGGGCAUGUAAAAGAAAAAGAUAUCUGAUAGUUUGCGAUAUUUAUGCACAAAACACAGCCUAACUAAUGAGUAUGAAAAAUACAUCUUAAAAAGUAUUUGAUAAAAGAUAUAGGCAAAGGCAUCCAAGUAUGGUACAUUUCACAAUUUAAAAAAAGAAAGAUGGAAUGUAAUUGAUAAAAUGUGGUUGAAUGAGGCAGAGAUUAAACAAACAGAAAUUGAAGUGGCAGACCAUGUGCAAAGCGAUGGAUUUAAUGUGAAAGCUGUGGCACAGGUGAUAUUGCAUAUUGAUGGAUGAAGACAUUUAAUGUGGAAGCUGUGGCACAGGUGAUAUUGCAUAUUGAUGGAUGAAGAAAUUUAAUGUGGAAGCUCUGGCACAGGUGAUAUUGCAUAUUGAUGGAUGAAGACAUUUAAUGUGGAAACUGUGGCACAGGUGAUAUUGCAUAUUGAUGGAUGAAGACAUUUAAUGUGGAAGCUGUGGCACAGGUGAUUUUGCAUAUUGAUGGAUGAAGACAUCCCCAAAUGGAGAACAGCAGAUCGAGCAGUACGCAUCUGAAGACUAUACAUCACAAAAUUAUGUUCAGGAACUUUCUGUAGGGUACUAGUUAGAACUGCUGAACAAGAGAAUGAGCAAGAAGUUGUUGAAACUGUGAAAUAUGUAAUAUAAUGUGUUGGGCCAAUGAGACUCCAGAUGAAAGAGCAACAGCUGGAAGAGAAUGCAUCUGAAGAUAUGACACUGGAUGAUAUUCUGCAUCUUUCAGUAGGACACAGAAAAGCAAUACCUUACUAAAAGGAUCCAAGACCUAAACAACCUGUCCUAUAUGGGACCAACUCAGAGCACUGCCACUAUACUCAAUAUCCUACAGACUGCUAGGAGGUGACCUGUUUCUGGCAUCCUCUGGCCUGAUACUGGUGGAUUUACUGUACAUCAAGUCAGAUCGCAUUAGAAACAUUGUUUAGGAAGCUAAACCUCUUCCGCAACCUCAGCAAAACUGGAGGCACAGUUAUAUCUCACAGAAGGUAUCACUACUCUGAGACAGACUCCCCAUCCAUAUAAAGUGAAGUUCAUCCCUGUCCAUAUAGUCAAGUGCAACUUGGAUCUGUGGAUGAGAAACCAAAACUUUACAGGAUGACUGCUACUAAUGGACAGAGGCAGCUCCUAAAUACUUUAACCCAUGCAUGGGUCCCAUCAAAUUAUCAAUGCUAUGAUCCCAAUUAGUCUCAUUAGGGGAUAGUACAUAAUCAUCAAUCAUGGGAUGGGUAAGACCAAUCUCUAAUCAAAUGAGAUUGGUUAAUUCAAGCACAAAAAAGGGAAAUUAGCUAGGCUUAAAAUGGUCUGCAAGAGCAGCUAGCCUACGAAUGAAACUGAGACUCUCAUAAUAGUCCAGUUGCACAGCAAGGGAAACAGCAAGAAGCAGAGAGCAAGCUGGAUGCUGUUAGUCUAGAAGAGAAUGAUCUAAGACAAAACCUGAUUAGUUUAAUAGACAUAUAAAGAUAGAUGGAAGAAAUAGAGUUCGGCAAGUAGAUAAGUUUCAAAAUAUUAGAAGACUGGUGAAACAGCUCAACACAGUAAUCAGGACUAUUAAGAGAAAUUCAAGUGAUACAACAAGAAUAAAUAGGCGAUACUACUGGGCAGCUAAACUAAUGAGAUAAAGUAUUGCCACAAAAACAAAGAAUAACAAAGGAAAGGAAGGUAACAAGUAGAUUGCCAGUGUGAAAGCAGUAAAUAGAAAAAACUAUAAAGCAAGUUGUACAAGAAGUAUCACAGUUAGAAUACACAAAAUGGAACAGAUGGUCAAAAAUUCUUCGAAAUAUAUAUGUGAUAAAAGCAACACAAAGCCUCAAAACAGAAGAGGAUUUAGCAUCCACUAUUUCCAAUCGUAAACUAAAAAUAUCAGUGCAAGCAGAAAAACUUGAAAGGUAUGCAGAUAAAGGAAGAGUAUCAAAAACUAGUUUUAUGAAGAAUUGGGAAACUAGGCAAAAGUAAUAAAAAUACCACCACCUCCAAAAAAUGAGGAAAUGUACAUUUUGGAGAAGAAUUUUAAAGUCCCCAUUGAACCUAAGAUUCCAAAUGGACAGAAGAUUUAAAAGAAAUACCAAUUCCAAAUAUUGAAGAUAAGACAUUGGAGGAAGAAACAAAGAGAAAAUUGAGACCUAAUUGAGAAAAACUCCUAACUGGAAAAACUGAGAUCUAGAUGCUGUACCUAAUUUGUGGCUAAAGGUAGUGAAAUCUGUUUUUAGCGUAAAGUCUAGAAACCAGCCUUUUUUCAAAGACAUCUCAUUUACUUUUUAUGGAUGAUUUCAAACUAUGUAGCUCAUCAGAUGAGGAUCUGGAAGCACAGCUACAAAUGUUUAAAACUUUCUCAGGUGCUAUAAAGGUGACAUUUGGUCUUGAUAAAUGUGCAAACAUUUUAGCAGGAAAAUUGAAGACUCAAGAAAAUAUAAAUUUGGGGGAGGAAUGUGAUUUAAAAGAGUUGUAACAUGAAGGACUAUAUAACUCUGGGAAUAUAUGAAGGGACAGUAAUGCAGCAUGAAAAAAUGAGCACAUAGGGGUUGUAGAAGACUGAAAUUAAUACCAAAAACUGUUUUGAUAUCUAAGAACAAAGUUGUAAAUCAUCUUGCAUUUCCUGUUGUCCUGUUUUCAUUUAGAGCUUUGGAGUGAUCACCUUAACCCCAACAGGGUUGACUAAAACUUUAUGGGGGGAGCACUUCAUGCCCAUCAAAGUGUUUUUUUAAGAUAAUAUAUCACUCACUCUAAAGGAGAAGUGAGCCUUUUUGAAAUUGACUACAUAUAUAGGUCAAUGAGUGUGGGACUUAUUUAUUGACAUUGAAUGAUACAGACAUGGUGAACGUUCUAAAUCAUGAAGAAAAGAUUGCUCAGGUGUCAGAAACUUUUAGGAAGGGAGCAGGAAAUGGAAAUCAAACUGGAAAUUAACAAAAGAACAGGCACAACCAGAACAUGAAAAUAGAGACAAAAACAGAGUACAAAGAAUGUGAUCAGAGAAAAAGUUAAACUGGAAAGCCCAAAGUUAUAGUGGCAAGAACUGAAAACUGUUGGAACAACCACAUGUUUGUCAGGAAUUGAUGCAUGAAUGUCUCAGGUGAAAUUAAUUUAAACCAAAAGUUGAAAGGAUAAUAUUGGCAGCACAAGGUAGUAGACUACAUACACGAUGGUGCACAAAAUGUAUAGAAAAGGCAGGAGAUGUAGAACAAAUGUAGGUUCUACAGUGCAGAUGUAGAACAAUUGUACAUCUUGUUACUCAUUGCAAUACUCAUACUUAACGUCAAAACAAUGUGAUAAGGUUGUUAUCCUGGAGACUGGAUAAACAUUACAACAUACAGGCACUUGAGAAGCAUUCAAAACAUUAGCCACAAAAGAUCGUUGGAAUUGAAAAUCUCAUGAGAUAAUUCAAUGUCAGCAGCUAAGAAGAUAGCAGAAAAGGAAACCAGAUAUAGUAGUCGAAAAGAAAGACAAAAGCAGUAUUGUUUAUUGUACCCAGUGACCAUAGUGUCUUACAGACUCGAAGACAAAGUUAUAAAACAUUAGGACAUGCAAGCAGAAACAAGAGCAAAAUGGAAUAAGGACACCUAAAAAGUUGCAGUGAUAGUAGGAGCAACUGGGAUAAUAAAAAUAUCUAGUCCUAUUUAAAGAUACUACCAAAACAAGUAGUCCCAUAAGAACUACCUCAAAAGGAAAUACUGGGUACACUGAGGAAAAACAGUUUUGACAAACGUCAAAUAUUGAAGCAAAACUAAUGUCAUGAACUUUAAUUAUGCCCUGACACUGGAAUGUGGCCAGUUCUUGUCACAGUAUUAAACUAGAUAUCUGGAAAAAUUAAAGCUGAAAAAAGCAUUUGAUAACACUCCAUAGUCUAGACUGAAGAGUGCUUACAGAUUUAUAAGAUUAACCACACACUGAAAUAUUACACAGCAGUUACAAUAUGGCAUUACAUUUAGAACAGACUGCAAAAAAAGGGCAAAUUAUUAUCCCAGGUGUAAGCAGCCACUAAAGAAUUUUCCAGAGUGAUUCUUUGUCACCAUUGCUGCUUUGUGUUGUCCUCUAAUUAGUAUUGUUUAUUUAACAGAUUAAUAUACAGAUACAGUCUGACUUUUUAAAAAACAAUUCUGUCAGAUAGUAUCUAUUUCUUAUGGAUCAUCCAAAAGUGAGUAGCAACUCUAAAUGGUUAACACUUUUUUUAAAUUAUAUAAAAUGACAAACUGGCUCUGACAGAUGACUGAAAGGAAUAUUUAUUGUAAGAAGACUGAAGCAUCCAGAAAAUAUCAAUUCAGGAGAGGAAUGUUACCUAAAGAACUGGAAAAGGGAUAUGUAUAACUAUCUGGGAAUAUUUGAAGGGGCAACAAUAAAACAAAAGUGAGAACAAAGCUUAGUAGGCUAAAACUAUUAAUGAAACUCCAUCGCCAUCAAAAAAUAAAGUUCAAGCUGAAACUCAGCUUGUCCUCUCUGUUUUAAUUUAUAGCUUUUACAUAAUUGGCCCCCAAAGGUGAUGGAUCAGGAGCUAUGAAAAUAAGACGAAUGUUUAUUAAAUGAUGUAUAAAAACAUAUUUGGCAAGAUUAUAUAUCCCUUGGCCUGAAAGAGAUAUUGGUUUCUUUGAAAGUGAUUAAAUGUGUUGGGCAGCAAUAUACAUUUGCUUGAGUUAUUUAUUGUAUCUUACAUUUGUUUACCAGGAAAGUCUGAGUGGACACAGGUCCUUUUUUAGCAGAGGCCCGUGGAGAAAAGCCCCAGUUAAAGUAUUGCAAAUAUUGCAGAAACUAAAAUUAACAAAGAUGAAAAUAUUCACAAACAGUUGCAUAAUGCUGGAUAUUAUAAAUUAUGUAUUAGAAAAUAUUUAAAUCACACCUUUUGCAUGAAUAUUUACAGUUUAGUGGAGAGAGAAUGGUUUCCAGACCUUUACCACUCUUUGUGUAUUUAUUUAUAUUCCAUAAUUAGCUCACAUAGGAAAGGAUGUACCUCACACUUGUACAUGUAUGGUAAACAAUUGAAUGAGAGAGAGUCUAUUUUCCAGACAUUGCUACAUGUCAUGUAUGUAUAUAUAAACUAUUUAAAUAAGAAAGAGGUUAGUCUGAUUGAGGACAAAAUAAUGGAGAAUGAUGUAUCACAGUGGGUUGUAUUUAGUUAAGGAGUAAGAGGUUAGGUUUAUCCAGGGCUGUUGCAAGAAUAGAGCCAAGUAUCCAUUAAGUCUGCUUUUAGGAGUUCUUUUUAAAUUGUGUUAUAGCAAAGUUUGGGGUUAUUUGGCUUGUGAGUUUGUUCCAAAUUGAGUUUGAGAAGAGCGAGUCUCUGGCAGUAUUGUUAGCUUUGGUACCAUCUAGAAGAAGUUUUUUAGUGGAUCUUAGGGUUCUUGAGGCGGCGAUUAGUUGUAUAAAACUUUGGAAAGAUGUGGUUUUUCAGAUUGAUACAGCAUUUUGUGGGCAAAGUGUAAUAGUUGGGGAAGUUCUAACCAUUUUAGCUAAGUGACAUACAGUGAUGUGCCCUGUGUGCGGCACCAGUACCAAACUUGGCAACGUUAUUGUGACAAGAUUCCAGUUUCUUUAGGUCCAUUUUGUGGAAGUUGUUUAGCAUGGGGAGGCAUAUAGAAGAGCUGACAACAAGUGUGUGCAAGUGACGGUAGCUUUUGUAUCCAUUAGAAAUUGUUUGUUUCUGUAUAGAAAACCUAGAUUUUUGUGGACCUGCUUGAUGGAUUGAGCCGAUUAGCAGAUUUAUUUUAGAAGGGAUUAGGUCCAAAAAAAAACGGACCAAAAAUGCAGCGACAGAAAAUACUUAAGAGCAUAAUAAGCAGUAUAAGGAUCAUGAUCAGAAGGAAAGAAACUAGGAAUGACUACAGUUACGGCGUCAGGUAUACAAGACUACUGAAGCGAGCAUGUGUUGAUCAAAAUGUGAUGUAUGAAUGGACAAGGAGAGGUGAAUGUAAAGCAGAAGAUGAAUGAGUAAUGAUGGUAGCUCAAGGCAAUUAAAGCGAUACAUGUCGGUUUCCCAAAAUAUCAAUAGAGUUGAUAUUCAGAACUAGAAACAUUUUCACAUCUUAUUGCCGGCUGCAAUAUAUUUAUGGCUAAGAUAGCUGUAUACUGAAAGGCACACUGAUGUGUCAAGACUGCCACACUGGAGUCUGUAAGACAUUGCAGUAUACACACAGUUACAAAGUGUUGGAAACAUGAACAACAAAGAACUACUGAAAUGAAGAAGUAAUGAUGAUGCAAAGUCAUCCAAUGUCAACAGUAAGAAAGUAGAAGCAAGAAAACCAGUUAUUGCCAUUGAAAAAAACUAAAGGAUAAAACCAACGUUAAUUGUUGAAAUACAUGUACCUCAUGACUAGUUGUAUAUAUUGGACCUAGGCAGUUUUCAUGCUGUGUCAUAAAACACUUUUUAUACAUGCAUAAAUGCAUAUGCUAUUUUGGAUUCAUCAUCCCGGUUGUUUUUGAAUGUAUAUUUAUCUGCUACAUCAUUUUAAAUUAUAUUU